UGGAAUGAGGUUCCCAAUUCAGUACGGUGGCAGGCGGAGCAGCACAGGACAGGACAGCCAGAGGCCGGGAGCAGAGGAGGCGGUCGUGGCGAGCGGCGAGCCACAGGCACGGGCACCUAUCGUUGAAUUGAACGAAAGGAGAGCGGGAGAAAGCGACUCGUCACUCGUCAGUCUCUCGUCCUCAUGCCGUCGCCGCUGGGUGGACGAAUCCAAUUCGGGCCUGGCAAGGCUGGCAUGCCGUCGGCCUCCCUAGCUCGCCGCCUCCUCUCUACUAUAUCAUCUCCAGCGAUCCCUUCACGCAGUACCAGCACCAGCGCCAGCAACAGCAACAGCUGUGGUUUCAGCACAAGAAGGGCCAGGAAGAAGCGCAGCUGCGUUUCUUGGACGGUGAGCGCGGCUACUCCGGCGGACAUGGCGACCAACAGUGCCCUGGCGAAGCUGGCGCCGCUGGAAGCCAUCCUGUUCGACAUCGACGGCACGCUCUGCGACUCCGACCCCAUCCACUUCUGCGCCUUCCGAGAGCUCCUGCAGCAGGCCGGCUUCAACGGCGGUGUCCCCAUCACGGAGGAGUUCUACAGCGCCAACAUCAGCGGGGGCCACAACGACGACCUCGCCAGGUCGCUGUUCCCGGGCAUGGAUCACCAGAAGGCGAUGCGGUUCAUGGAUGACAAAGAAGCUAUGUUCAGAAAGUUGGCGCCUGGGCAGCUGAAGCCCGUGGAUGGGCUGCAGGAGCUGUGCGGAUGGAUGGAAGGCCGCGACCUGAAGCGCGCGGCGGUGACGAACGCCCCGAGGGCGAACGCCGAGCUGAUGCUGUCGCUGUUGGGCCUCACCGACUUCUUCCCGGUGCUCGUCAUCGGGAGCGAGUGCGACCGGGCCAAGCCGUUCCCUGACCCGUACCUCAAGGCGCUCCAGCUCAUCGGCGCAUCGCCUCAACACACCUUCAUAUUUGAAGACUCUGCAUCGGGGGUCCGGGCCGGUGUGGCUGCCGGAGUGCCCGUGGUUGGCCUGACGACGAGGAACCCCGGGAAGGUGCUGAAAGACGCAGGGGCCAGCUUGCUGGUCAAGGAUUUUCAGGACCCGGAGCUGAUGUCCGUGCUUCAACAGGUGGAGGUCGAACCCGCAGCGGCGAAUGCGCAAGGCUGAUGCGUCGGUCACUGCGGACAACUAAGAAAUGAAAUGUCGUGCUGGACUAGCCUUCAGCGAUUCUUUCAGAGUGGAAUAGCUGUGUAACUGCAUCGUGUAAUAAACUAACUCCGGUCGGUUCCUCGGCUGGAACCUGGAGACUAGCUUCUUGGUGGAUUCAAACAGGGCCCAAAUAGACCCUAAGUUAAGGGAGGUUUCCUGUGCCCAA